AUGGUCCCCUUCUCAACGGCCAAAACAACACCGCUCGACCUGGCAAAACUCAAGCAAGAGCUACCGGAUCUAUCCUUGGAGGUCCCUAGGAAGUACGCAAGGAUGCUCAACACCAACUACGUCCCCACGGCAUCGGAGCUCCACGAAAUCCAGGCCUUCUCGUCCGCCAUAACAUCGAAAACCCAAGAAAUCGCCAGCGAAAUCGCCUCACUCGAGGGUCGGCUCUCCAAGUUGAAGUCUCGACAAGCGUUCUUGAAGGAUGCAGCAGCACCAUACGCAGCUCUCGCCUCACCGUUCCGCCGCUUCCCACCCGAGCUAAUGCAGUCCAUCUUCAUCGCCUGCCUCCCUGACUCACGGAACGCUGUAAUGCACCGUAGCGAGGCACCGGUGCUACUGGGAAGGGUGUGUAGCGAGUGGAGACGGAUCGUCCUUAACACUCCCGCGCUGUGGUCCACUCUGCACAUCGUCCCGCCCAAUUUCAGUGCCGACAUGCCCGAGCUUAACACCAUCCGGUUCAGACGGAAGAGGGAGGUGAUCGAGACAUGGUUGGGAAGAUCAGGAGCUUGUCCGCUCUCGAUCUCAUUCGUCUGGUUUGGAAGCGAUGGGGAGGCAGAGACGCGGCUGUGCGGGGAGCUAUUGGGCUUGCUGAUACAGUUGUCGAAGAGAUGGAAGAGGAUCGAGUUGCAGUUACCCUUGAAGAUGUUGAAACCGUUCCUGGGUCUGGGGAGGGAGGACGUACCGCUUUUGGAAGUUCUCAGCUUGACUGACAACCGGUCGAAUUUUGAGGACUUUGACGAGUACGUCAACAGUGUUGGUAGCGGGAAUGACAACCUGUUGGGACUGGCACACUGGCCUGAACAACUCCAAUUCGCCUCCGAGGCUCCUAGCCUGAAGUCUCUCGACCUCACCUUUUUUGCCGGUGCCAUCCAAAUCCCAUCCACAGUCGCCUGGUCACAACUCACCACACUCGUCCUCGAAUCCAACAUUUCGUUCUUCUUCAAGAGUUGCGAGGACUUGAUUUUGACACUGGGGCAGUGUUCAGCUUUGGAAAGCUGUACACUGAAGCUUCCGCUUUCCUUGGUCACGCCUAUGGGCAUUCAGCAAGCCGGCGGAAACGUACCCCAAACCUACACACCUGUCGACAGUGUGGUCACUCUUCCCGAGCUGCGGGAACUCUGCGUGGACGGCGACCAGCACCUUCUGGGCGCCUUCCAUAUGACCACCAUCAUUUCCAACAUCCGGGCUCCGAAGUUAAGAGAGAUAGCGAUCUAUGGGAGGGCUGGCAGCAAAGAAUUUUUCGAUGACGAUGGAGACGGCGAUGAGGACGAUGAUAGUUCGACGGACGCUGACGACGGAUCGGAGGCACCUACCCCUGCUUCCACUAUAGCCCUGCCUCCUAACACAACCUCCGAAAACACCACAACCUCCCAACCCCGCCCUCGGUACUCUCCUGAACCCAUAGCAGGACUGAAGAAACUCCUGAUCCGAAGCGGAUGUCCUUUGGAAGUCCUCCGACUGGAAUCUGUCCCUCUAGUCGAGAAGGAGUUCCUCGCGUGUCUGCGGUUAGCGCCCACCAUCACGACACUCGUCAUUCGCGACUACAAGGUUCGAAUCGGUUUGGCUUCCAGGGGAUAUGUUCAUUGCAGGAAUGUCGGUGAUGGGGCGGGCAAGGAGUGCAUGGUGGAUCGAGUCUUGAAGGCGCUAAUUGUAGAGAGGAGAGGUUUGCGAGGGUGGUAUAAUGGGAUGGAGAUUGACGUAGGGGAGGGCUCCGACCCGGACAGCGUUGGCGAUGAUGAAGUGCAUGACCAUUCGACGUCCUCGUUCUUCCCCUCGUCCCCGACCUCAAGCUGUACAAUGGUCGAAGAUGGGGACACCGACUCUGAUUUGAUGUCUGCUGUGUCGCCUGCCUCUACCUCUGUGGAGAUUGCCUCGGACGACGGCCACACCCAUCUCGACAUCAUCGGCGACAAACCAUCCUUAUCUCGAGUAACCAGAAUCCCCAAGGAGGCAAAUUCUCGAUAUCUUCACCAGUACCAGGAUCCUCUCCUACCCAACCUGACAAGCUUCGACUUUGCGCUUCCAUGCGGCAGUCAGGAACUUUUCUGCGCCUUCGUGGAAUCGAGGUUUUUACCUGAUGAAGCGUUCGACCUGCCACCUACGGGAAUUCAACAAAUCGUCGACGUGCCUGUUGUCCGAAAUUCUAAUAGCUCGUCGAGCUUCGAGCGGACCUGGGUUGGAGUUGAGGGAGUAGACGCGAAUCCACCUUUCUUCCCGCCGGAGCUCACUGACCUUGAAGAAGAGUAUAUACCUCCCAGCGUCGUCGAGCUUGACGAACCACCGAACCGUUCCGAGCUCGCUGCUCUCCCAUUCCCCAUGUCGAUCUCGCCGGGACGUCAGAAAAACCGACAUCUGCCUUUCGAAAUUACCGAACCUCUCUCUUCCCCACCAAGCAUCGCCCGUUUGUCGUCUGUCAAGUGUGCGUUCACUGCACAAGAAAAUGGAAUAAUCAGGGAGCGCCUGGCCAGGCUGAGAGAGAUGGGGUUAGAUAUUGGAGUUACAUUCCACACACCGCUGUCGGAUGAGGUUACACCCUCACCGUGGACUGGUGUUGAGGGUUUGUUGUGA